AUGGCAACGCCCAAGCUGUCCCCGGUCUCGCCGGUGCGGCGGGACGACAAGCCGUGCGCGCCAUCCUCCUCGUCGUCGUCGACCGUUCUGAGGGUGCAGGACGCGUCCGCGGCCGAGGCGUACGAGCAGUACCUGCGCCUGCCGGAGCUGUCGAGCCUGUGGAAGGCCCGGUGCUUCCCGGAGUGGGCGGGCGAGGGCCUGGUCAAGCCGGCGCUGCAGGCGCUCGAGGUCACCUUCCGCUUCGCGUCCCUCGCGCUGUCCGACACGCGCGGGUAUGCCAGCCGCCGCGAGCUCGCGCGCCGGCUCGAGUCCCUCGCGGCGCGGGAGGUGGAGCUGGUGUCCGCGCUCUGCGAGGGCGACCGGAGCGCGCCGCUCGCCGAGCUGAGCGCCUCCGGGGGCGUGCUCCCGCGGGAGCGCAGCGCGUCCGAGGUGUGGCAGCUGCCCGGGAGCGCCGCGGCCGUCGUGUGCCAGGUCAGCGAGGCCAGCCUGCUCCCGCGCCUCGCCGCGUGGGACAAGUCCGAGACGCUCGCGGCCAAGAUCAUGUACGCCAUCGAGAGCCAGAUGCAGGGCUGCACCUUCACGCUCGGCCUCGGCGAGCCCAACCUCGCCGGCAAGCCCGUGCUCGAGUACGACCGCGUCGUGCGCCCGCACGAGCUGCACGCGCUCAAGCCCAGGCCAGCGCCGGAGCCCAAGUCUGGCUACCGCAACCGGGAGCUCGAGACGCUGUUCACCAUGUACCAGAUACUCGAGUCAUGGCUGCGCGUCGCGUCGCAACUCCUCACCCGCCUCAACGAACGGAUCGAAGCCAAGAACUGGGAGGCGGCGGCCAGCGACUGCUGGAUCCUGGAGCGCGUGUGGAAGCUGCUCGCCGACGUCGAGGACCUCCACAUGCUGAUGGACCCGGACGACUUCCUGCGGCUCAAGAGCCAGCUCGCUGUACGAGCGGCUCCGGGGUCUGACGUGUCGUUCUGUUUCCGGUCCAGGGCGCUCCUGCACGUCGCUAACACUACCAGGGACCUCAAGAAGCGUGUGCCCUGGGUGCUCGGUGUCGAGGUGGACCCCAACGGCGGCCCACGGGUGCAGGAGGCGGCCAUGAAGCUGUACCACAGCCGUAGGCGCGGUGAGGGCGAGGAGGCAGGCAAGGUGGAGCUGCUCCAGGCUUUCCAAGCAGUGGAGGUGGCCGUGAGAGGAUUCUUCUUCGCGUACCGGCAGCUCGUGGCGGCGGUGAUGGGCACGGCGGAGGCGUCGGGGAACCGGGCGCUGUUCGUGCCGGCGGAGGGGAUGGAUCCGCUCGCCCAGAUGUUCCUCGAGCCGCCCUACUACCCCAGCCUGGACGCCGCCAAGACGUUCUUGGCGGAUUACUGGGUUCAGCAGUUGGCGGGGGCCUCUGUUCCGUCAAGACAAGGCUAG